AUGAAGGUUGGCGAGACGGGGGAGGCGUUCUUCGUCCUCGAGACGGAGGAGGAGGUGCCGGAGGAACUUAUGACGAGUCCUGUGGUUAUGGCUACGGAUGCUGAGGACGAGCACCUCGGCCACACGCCGAAAGUGGAGCCCGCCGAGAUCGCCUCCUCGUCGAUCACAAAGCAGCCGUUUGGCGCGACGGAGCAGCAGGUCAGCCACGAAGGACACGGCGACACAGGUACGCAACUCGAGGAGGUCGAGCCACUGGACCUGAACGACUCGAUGGACUCGGGCGUCGAGCGCGACUCGCUGAAGAGCCACGACGGGCACGAGAGCGAGGACGAUUCGGCGAUCUCGCCUCUGAACGGCGCGCCGCCGAAACCGGGCUCGGCGCGGCACCGCCGCCACUCCUCCACCGUUAGCAAGGACAACCAGCCACCGAACCCGCUCGAGGCCAAGCCGGGCGAGGACACGACGCUGCCUAUCCGCGACUACCGCCUGAACCUGAUGCAUUCGGACCACGAGGACAUGAAGCUGCCCAAGGUGCCGAAGGGCGCCCAUGACGGCCCCGACGUCAAGUACGGCAAGGACAUUGUGCUCGACAUGGACGGGUUCCACGGGGACGACAAGGAGAAGCUGAGCAAGCGGCGGUCGCUGUCGUCGUCACCCAAGCCGGACGGCGCAAAGGGGCACGAGUCGGACGGUGACGCCAACUUGGAAGCCGGCGGCGCCCCGGGAGACACGCCCGACGCCCGGCCCAGCUCGCCCGUCGUGCCCAACUCGCCGCCCUGGCGUCCCCAGCCCGACAGCGUGACAAACGAGCAGGUCGAGGCGCUCGUCGACGACCUGAUGGCGAGCGACGGCGGCGAUCUCCCCGCGUCCAUGGCCGCGCUGUCGCUCGAGGGCGAGCGCCCGCGAUCCCCGCCCCUGCUUCGCCCCGAGUCCCCGGCUAGGAGCCGAUUCGACCGGGGGGCGUCCGAGCCGCCCGACGUGCGCCGCCCGACGUCGCCAACCGGCGCGGCCAACUCGCAGAUGGACUAUGCCUGGGACUGGGGCAAGAUUCCGGAGGGCGAAGAGGCGGACGUGCGCCCGUCUGCGCACCGCUCCGAGUCCCUACCCGUUGCGCCGGCCGAUGGCGCAACCCUCGUGCCCCGCGCGCACCUGCACAGCGUGGAGGAGGAUCCGUGGACGUUUGCGCUCUCGCUCGACGGGCGGGAGCACCUUUUCGAGCUGAGUUUGUGCGGGGACGAGAAUUUUGCGCCGUUCGGGGAAGCGACCGAUGACGAGGUGCAUGAAUUCGUCGAUGCACGCGUCAGCUUUGAGCGCUUCAUGGCCGACGCCAGCAUCGCCGACGAUCCCCGCCUCACGGUCUACUUUGACGGCAAGUACUUUACGUGGAAGACGGCGUACCACCUCCUCUUCGCUCUCAGUAUCUACCGCCGCUCGCUGAAGAAUACGGAGCGCAAGCAGCCCGAGCCCAAGCGGCAGGGGGGAUAUGGGUGGAGUCGGUGGUGGCGCCGUGGGACGGAGGAGCCUGCCUCGCCCGAGCCCGCCAUUUCGCGGACUGUCAGUGCGCAGGCCGUGUUGGAUAAGGACAAGGAGAAGGAGAGCAAGGAGGAGAAGAAGGACGAGGGCGAGCCGAAGAGCGACACCGAGUCGGAGCAGCAGCCCGACGACGGGAAGCACUAUGCCAAGACGCUCCGUCUGUCGUCGGACCAGCUGAAGCAGCUCAACCUCAAGCCUGGGCCGAACACGAUCCAGUUCUCCGUCACGAGCUCGUACUCUGGUUUCGCUGUCGUGUCCGCGCGCAUCUUCCUGUGGGAGGACACGGACCAGAUCGUCAUCUCCGACAUUGACGGGACGAUUACGAAAUCCGACGCCCUGGGCCACGUCUUUGCCGCGAUCGGGCGCGACUGGACGCACAUCGGCAUUGCCAACCUGUACACCGACAUCUGCAACAAUGGGUACAAGAUCAUCUACCUCACCGCCCGUGCCAUCGGACAGGCAGACAGUACGCGCGAGUACCUCAAGACGAUCGUGCAGGGCGACUACCGCAUGCCCGAGGGGCCGGUGAUCAUGAGCCCCGACCGGCUCAUGGCGAGCUUGCACCGGGAGGUGAUCCUGCGCAAGCCCGAGCUGUUCAAGAUGGCGUGUCUGCGCGACAUCCAGCGCCUCUUCGGCCCGCACGCGAAGGACGCCUUCUUCGCCGGCUUUGGCAACCGAAUCACGGACGCGAUGAGCUAUCGUUCCGUAGGCAUAGGGAGCGGCAAGAUUUACACGAUCGACUCGACGGGCAUCAUCAAGACGGAGCUCCUCCAAUCAGCACACAAGGGGAGCUACGUCGGCCUCAACGACCUCGUCAACGAGGUCUUCCCUCCCGUCAAGACCAAGGCCAAGCCGGAAUACACAGACUUCAACUACUGGCGCGACCCGCUGCCGGAUAUCCAGCUGCCCGACCUCAGCCCGCCGUCACCUGCGCUCUCUGCCCGCUCGGACGGGAGCGCCCGCUCAGGCCUGUCGUACAUUGGCCGUCUGGCCGGUCUCGGCCGCCGCUCAAGUAGGGCCGACAGCACGCCGCGCCCGGCCUCGCCGACCUCCAACCCCUCGACCCGUCCCUCGAGUCCCCUCAUCGGGCCGGCCAUCACAUCGACGGACCUGUCCUCCGCCGACGAGGCAGAGGAGGACGCUGAGGAGGACUGGAAGCGGCACAUCCGCCGCCCCUCCUCUCCGGCCAGCAUGCCGGGAAGCUUUGACGACGGCGCCGCGUUCCCGGAGAGUUGGCUCGAGGACGGCCGCGAUGGCCGCCAAAGCACAGAGGGAAGCGUGACGGGCACCAAGGAGCGGAGCGAGCGGAGCGAGCCCGAGAACUACAACUAUGACGAGGACGACGAUAUCUUUGACGACGACAUUUUGGCCACGGGCGAGAUGGCACGGGUGCCGUUUUAA